CUUCGGAAUCGGUUCAGUUUGUUGCGGACGGUACGUCGCCGUACACCCAUGUUAACGUUGUUUGACGACGAUACAAGUAUAACGAUAAGUGUGUUAUAAUUAUUUUUGUUUACCAGUGGGAAAAAUAGUAAUAAUUAUAAUUGAUGCCGUGUCGAUAUCACACUAUAAUUAACGAGUGCGAAUAGUAAAAUUUUUACCGUCUUCGCCUGUCGUUCGUUAGCACCGUUGAGUUGGGGGAGUAAGCUUAUCUGAGCAACAGUGCACUUUUCGACUUUUCUCGUUCAGCGAUUGUUGCUGAACCGGUACUUUCGUCCAAUAAACACGGUGGCCGACGACGCGGCCGGAAUUCGCAGUGCGCUUCGUUAUCGCUCGGUCGACGGGACGAGGAUCGACAGUGCUUGCAGCAGCCGUCGACAGCGUCGUCCGGGCGCACCGUCGGAUACGGCCGGCGACAAAGCGGACGACACGAUUGCGUUUUCGGGUUUUGGCAAGAAAACAAACGACGGUAACUGUGGUGGACGACAACGGCGACGGUUUUACGACCGGUUUGUUGGUAUUAACAACAACAGCAUCGGUGGUAUUAGCGAUAGCAGUAGCGGUGGCGUCGUCAGUAGCAGUAGUAUCAUGCACACAUUCCGGUUGCCGGAGUUCCUGAAAUGCGUCAAGAACUAUCUGAACAAAAAAGAAGUAUCAAGUGUGUUACGCGGCAGUGGAUUAGUCAAAGACCUCAAUUGAAUCACUUUCGUUGAGACAUUUAUGAAUUUAUACACCCGUACUAUUAACAUUGAAUAUAAAGUAAACACGUUUGACGAUGGACGCGCGGUCGUCGCCUGUGUCCGGCGCAACGGCCGACCAUUAGUGGGUGGUGAUCCGUUAAGAAUACACGUGAUGGUGCAUUGUUCAAUGGGCCAAAUUUUUAGUAUGGGGCACCAUCGAACCAAAUGUCGUCACAACAACAGCAUCAUCAUCAACAACAACGAUCAUACAGGGUUACAAUCCAGAAGCACCGGUGGCGGGGUGGACGACCUUCGGAUGACUGCUGAAACUUGUAGCGGAGGAGAUUUAACCCGAAUCACUACGUUACCAUCAGCAUUGCCGGGACCCCAACCACCGUCAUUAGCAAAAAAUCAUCAAGACUACGACCCUGAAUAUGCUAAGAUUGAAGCGUGGCUCGAUGAGCACCGAGACUUUGCCCAUGAUUAUUUCCUCAGAAAAGCAACGAGGAAUAUUGUGGAUGCUUGGUUGGUAUCGCACGCAUCAGCCAGCAGUUGUGGAGCUGGAAAUACUGCAGCCACUCCUAACGGCAACGAAAGACAGUCUAUUGGAGGAUCGGGGGGUGCGGGAGCUGGCAGUAGUGGAACAACCACUCCGGUUCGGAAAAUAUCUGCACACGAGUUUGAACGUGGAGGCCUCAAACCAAUGGUGACCACAGUUGACGGUACUCCUACGUUUUUAGCCCACGACCAUCCAGAUGAAGCAACCACUGCUCCAGUGGCCAGACGGCGGUCACGGCAUGAAUUAAGGCAGCUUGACGAAAAACAGCUUAUUUUCGAAUUAGUCAAAGAUAUUUGCAAUGAGUUAGAUGUCCGUUCACUUUGCCACAAGAUCCUCCAGAAUGUUAGCACGUUGUUGAACGCCGACAGAGGGUCUUUGUUCUUAGUACAAGGUGGUGGACUAUCAGCCUGUCAGCAUGAUCACCACAGGUCGGCUCCAACGAUCAAGCGCAUGUGUAGCCCUCGAAGGCUGCACGCCAGCAUCACAGUUGGAUGCUUGAGCAAGGACGACCAUUCCUCAACAGCAGUUGCAACUUCAGACGAAGAAACGUCUAAGGGCGAACAGCAAAUCCAUCAUCACUCUCGACACCACCAUCACCACCAUCACACUCAUCAUCAUUCGAAUCAAGAAAAUGUUCCUAACCAACAAUCUAUUCAACCGGUUGAAGAAGUAGGCGCUUUAAUCGUUGGAUCUCCAAUAGGCUCGACUAACGUGGGUUCAAUGGCACCAAAAUCAACGUUUGCUCCACCACCACAUUACCAAGGAUGUCAGUCCAAGUGUUUGGUAUCAAAAUUAUUUGAUGUUUGUUCUCGAUCAACACUCCAAGAAAUGGAAAAGAAAAAAGAGAUCCACAUACCAUGGGGAACCGGAAUUGUCGGGUAUGUAGCUGAAAGUGGUGAACCCGUCAACAUACCUGACGCGUAUAAGGAUACGCGAUUCAACCACGACAUAGAUGCUCGCACUGGGUACAAAACGCACAGUUUAUUGUGUAUGCCGAUCAAAGACUUUAAUGGGGAGGUAAUGGGAGUGGCACAAGUCAUCAACAAGAAAAAUGCUCCAUGCUUUACACAAAAUGAUGAGAAAGUGUUUUCUGAUUAUUUACAAUUUUGUGGAAUUGGUCUAAGAAAUGCGCAACUCUACGAAAAAAGCCAGUUAGAAGUAAAACGAAAUCAGGUUUUAUUGGAUCUGGCUCGUAUGAUAUUUGAAGAACAAAGUACCAUUGAACAUAUGGUUUUCAGAAUUCUUACUCACACCCAAUCAUUGAUCCAGUGCCAGAGAGUACAGGUGUUACUGUUGCACGAAGCAUCUAAAGCGAGCUUUUCACGAGUAUUUGAUUUGGAAGCCAACGAUUUACAGGGAAAAGACAGUGAACGAACCAGCCCUUUCGAGAGCAGAUUUCCUGUGAAUGUUGGUAUAACCGGGUAUGUUGCUACCACUGGAGAAACUGUCAACAUUGCUAACGCAUAUGAAGACUCCCGAUUUGACAAGUCCGUUGACCAAGGUACUGGUUUCAAACACUCCACUAUCCUAUGUAUGCCAAUCAAAAACUCACAUGGACAAAUAAUUGGUGUUAUACAAUUGGUAAAUAAAUUUGAUGAACUUGUGUUCACAAAAAAUGACGAAAAUUUUGUUGAGGCGUUUGCUAUAUUUUGUGGCAUGGGUAUUCACAAUACACACAUGUUUGAGAAAGCUAUCAUAGCAAAUGCUAAACAAAACGUUACUUUGGAUGUACUAAGUUACCAUGCGUCAGCUUCGCUUGAAGAUGCGCAGAGAUUAAGAGCUUUGCAAGUUCCGUCUGCCGCCACUUAUAAUCUAUACAAUUUUUCAUUUGAUGAUAUUCAUAUGACAGAUGACGAUACUUUAUUGGCUUGUAUUAGAAUGUUCCUAGACAUGGAUUUUGUUGAAAGAUUUCAUAUUGAUUACAAUGUUAUGUGCCGGUGGUUACUGAGUGUUAAGAAAAACUAUAGAUCGGUUACUUAUCAUAACUGGAGGCAUGCGUUUAACGUGGCUCAAAUGAUGUUUUCCAUAAUAACAGCAACUCAAUGGUGGAAGGUAUUUGGAGACUUAGAAUGUCUAGCUUUAAUUAUUGCCUGUCUUUGUCAUGAUUUGGAUCAUCGUGGAACAAAUAAUUCUUUUCAAAUAAAGGUAUGUUCCCCGCUCGCGCAACUUUAUUCCACAUCUACCAUGGAACACCAUCACUUCGAUCAAUGCCUAAUGAUCUUGAAUAGUCAGGGAAAUCAGAUAUUGAGUAACUUGUCGCCCGAAGAGUAUUCCCGCAUUAUAAAAGUUUUGGAAGAUGCUAUUCUAGCAACUGAUCUAGCUGUAUAUUUCAGAAAAAGAGGUACAUUCUUGGAAUUAGUUCGUACUGGUAUGUAUGAUUGGACUAGAGAAGAAGACCGAGAGUUGCUGAGGGCGAUGCUGAUGACGGUUUGCGAUUUAGCAGCAAUUACAAAACCAUGGGAGAUUGAGAAACGUGUUGCUGAACUUGUAACUAAUGAAUUUUUCGAACAAGGUGAUAUUGAAAGGAGAAAUUUUAAUAUAACACCAAUUGACAUAAUGAAUAGAGAAAAAGAGGAUCAGUUGCCAAUGAUGCAAGUCGGGUUUAUUGAUUCAAUUUGUUUACCUAUUUAUCAGGCUAUUGCUGAUUUGUCAGAGAAACUGGAACCAUUGAUCAAAGGUGUCCGACAGAACAAAAUACACUGGUUAGAAGAAUCUAAACAAACAUAUCGCCCGCAAAGUCAUAAAUGAAAAAAAAAAAUGAUUUGUGUUAUUGGAAAAUUUGUGUUCGAUGUGAGCGAUUGAAUGUUAGAAUAAACAUUUAUGGUCAUAAUAAUAUAUGAAAUUCGUGAAACAAUAUCUAUGUAAUCAACCAACCUACCUAACUUUUUUCUCAUUAGAUUUAUAAGACUUGAAAUAUAAAAAUAUUUAAUGAAUAUGUAUGUAAUGUAAUUAGAACAUAAACAUAAUUUUAAUUUGUGUUUAGUUAUAGAAAAUUAUAGUAUUUUUCUGUGUUAUAGACUUCUGUAAAUACUAUGAUAAUAUUGUUAAGAGUGACAUCCUUGUACUUUGUUCUUAUUAUAUAUAUGAUGUAUUUUAAUUUAUAUACAUUAUAGUUAUAAUUUAUGUUAUGUAUGUGUUCGUUUGAAAAUUUAUAUGUAUUUGUAUAAAAAGGUUUUAAGUUCUUACCGUUGCAAUUCGUAUUCGACCAAAAUUUAUAUGAGAUAAAUCUUUUACUAAACUAUUUAUUUUGUGUACCCAUUUUGAUUACUUAAUAA